CCCUGAGUUGUACAAAGCACAAGAGAGGUAUAAGGUGGCCAAAGCACAUAGGAAACUUGUCAACUCUUGCAGAUCCAACUAUAGGGGAGGAGGAUGCUGAAGGCACAUUUCUUCAUAACAGUGUCAAAGAUGAUGCUCCUCGUCUUGCUGCUCUCCAUUGUCCUCUGCUGCGGGGGAGCACAACGUUCAGAGCCAAUGUUCAUAGCUGUAACCAACACCGUUCUACCGCAAGACUAUGAAAGCAACCCAAUGCAACUCAACUAUGGGGUGGCCAUCACUGAUGUGGACAAUGAUGGGGACUUUGAAAUUGUAGUUGCUGGAUAUAAUGGACCCAAUCUUGUGUUGAAAUAUAUCAAAGAAAAAGGUCGCCUGGUGAACAUAGCGGUGGAUGAGAGGAGCUCUCCCUAUUAUCCGCUCCGGGAUCGCCAGGGCAAUGCCAUUGGGGUCACCGCCUGUGAUAUAGAUGGCGAUGGACGAGAAGAGAUUUAUUUCCUGAACACGAACAAUGCUUUCUCAGGGAUAGCCACAUACUCUGACAAGCUGUUUAAGUUUCGGAAUGGGCGCUGGGAAGAUCUACUCAGCGACGAGAUCAAUAUCCGCAGAGGAGUGGUCAAUCGGUUUGCUGGGCGCUCAGUCGCUUGCAUUGAUAGAAAGGGCACUGGGAGAUACUCCAUCUAUAUUGCAAACUAUGCAGACCGCAAAGUGGGCCCCCAUGCCUUAAUUGAGCUGGACGAGGUUACAAGUGACGUAGCUAAAGGAAUAAUUGUGCUCUCAAAUGUGGCAGCUGAAGCCGGUAUUAAUAAGUAUACAGGUGGACGUGGAGUCACCGUUGGACCCAUCCUAAGCUCCGCAGCUUCUGACAUUUUUUGUGACAAUGAGAAUGGACCAAACUUUCUCUUCCAGAAUAAAGGCGAUGGGACAUUUGCUGAUGUGGCAGCUAGUGCAGGUGUAGAUGAUGCCUACCAGCACGGUCGAGGUGUAGCUCUAGCUGACUUCAAUAGGGAUGGAAAAGUAGAUAUCGUAUAUGGAAACUGGAAUGGACCUCAUCGCCUGUUUUUACAAAUGAGCACAAAUGGAAAAGUUAGAUUCAGGGAUAUUGCGACUCAGAAGUUCUCGAUGCCUUCUCCAAUCCGCACUGUGAUUGCUGCUGACUUCGAUAAUGAUCAGGAGCUGGAAGUCUUUUUUAAUAACAUUGCCUACAGGGGCUCUUCAGCGAAUCGUAUGUUCAGAGUUGGACGUCGGGAACAUGCAGACCCUUUUAUGGAGGAACUCAAUCCAGGAGAUGCUUCAGAGCCAGAAGGAAGGGGAACUGGUGGCGCUGUGACUGACUUUGAUGGCGAUGGCAUGCUGGACCUAAUCUUAUCCCACGGAGAGUCCAUGGCGCAGCCCUUAUCUGUCUUCAAGGGGAAGCAGGGCUUGAAAAACAAUUGGCUCAGAGUGAUCCCUCGCACCAAGUACGGAGCUUUUGCAAGAGGUGCUAAAGUGGUCCUAUACACCAAGAAAAGUGGGGCCCAUCUAAGAAUUAUUGACGGCGGAUCUGGGUACCUUUGUGAGAUGGAACCGGUCGCGCACUUUGGCCUCGGCAAGGAUGAGGCGAGCAGCUUGGAGGUGACUUGGCCUGACGGCAGGAUUUUCACCCGAGGCAUCGUUGAAGGGGAAAUAAACUCUGUAUUGGAAAUUGCAUAUCCUCUUGAUGAAGAUAGUGUUACUAAACCGACGGCUAUAGAGUGCGGCCAGGGCUUCUCGGUGAAUGAAAAUGGACAUUGCGGAGAUACUGAUGAGUGCAUACAGUUCCCAUUCGUUUGUCCUAGGGAGAAGCCCAUUUGUAUCAACACAUAUGGAGGCUACAAAUGUCGUCCCAACAGGAGAUGCAACCGUGGCUUUGAGCCAAAUGAAGAUGGCACAGCUUGUGUUGGUAUGAACAAUGGAUGGUUUUAAAAGGGCUUACCGUAACUCAAAAUUUUAUAAUAGGGUAUAUCAAAAUGGUUUUUUUUAACUGGUCAUGAGGAUUCAAGAUGUUUUUGUACUAGAAAUUGUCCUAGUAUAGAAAAUAAAACCAUACUUUGGAGUAAUAAAAUAGCCUGUGAAUGC